CAUGUCGCACAAAGCUGUUGUAUAAAUAACUCUGACUGUGGGUGGGACGACCGAUGUUUGAAGAAUUACCUAUUACGAGAGCCAAAGUUGAGGAUUUUGAAGUUUCAUGUCCACCUUUAGCUAAUGCAUUUCACUUUUAAAUGUGAGAACUACAAUUGGUACAGCAAUGGGAAAAAGGAACGCCGCGAACCUACUCCAGGUCCAAGAUUAUCUCCCCCUGUCAAAGACCCUUGCCUUCAUCGCGUCUUGGACGGUCGGAAACUGCAUUCGAUUUAACGAGAAACGAAACGAGUUUGAAGCAACGACGCAGAAAAAUGGACAACUUGGAAAAGCUCGUCGGUUUAUGUCACAACUGGCGACUGUUCUCCUCGGAUUGCAAACAACGAGACUUAUGAGCGUUUUAAAGGCGACCGGAUUUAUACAGAAUAUUCCAUCCGUUCUCCUGUACGUCGGAUUUUCCGCAUCUUACCGAAUGGGACUAGCUUCGUACAAGCAUGCUGGCGAAAUUGCACAAUUUUUAAACACGCUGGUGCAAUACGAAAAACGGUCGGAUGGACAACAACAAUCAAACAAACCACCUGAACAAAGCAGUGGCAAACUAAAGACAGACAACGUUUCACACAGAAAGAAAAUUCAUAUCUCCAUCAACAAAGCAUUGCUCAGGUCCUUGUUGGAUGACUUUCGAUAUGGAAGAAUGGUGCGUCCAGUUCUGAUUGCAGGUGUUUUCACUCAAACUGUGAUGCCCUCGUUUACUGUGAUACUGCUCCUUAGCAAACCCUGCGUCGCGAAUCUUUUUCUUCGAUCGGCCCUUCAAGAUUGUCCAGCUCGUGGUUGGAUUCCACAACUUGAGGCAUCUUUUUGGGCCAAGCUCGUGACCAGUCUGAGUGACAGCUUUGUUCAUGCGUACACGUUUGGGCAGGCCGUGAUUGCAAUUGGGAUUGUCUUUUUUGCGAGCGUGGAAAUUUUGAGGGAUCACAUGACAAAGUUGAUCCAUGUCACAUCUGAAAUCAAAAAUGGUCAAAACUCAGUCAAUGCUCACACUUUGCAGUGGUUAAUGCGAUAUAAGCAAGUCCAACUUCUCGCCAGACUCUACAACAACAUCGCGUCAGGCGAAUUAAUCGUCAUCAUCAUGUUUGACAUGUUGGCAUUUGGGAUACUCUCCAUUUAUUCAGUCGUUGUUUUGCAUGCAUCCCUAUCCACCGAAAUUCUCAUCACUGUUUGCAUCACUGCGUUUGACACCACAAUCAUGGCACAAAUGAUGAUGUAUCAAACGGCUGGAGAUGUGAAUCACAUGGCGAAAAAACUAAAGCUGUACUGGACACAAAGUCAUGAGAUACAAAAGGGUAAGUACUUGCGAAGAAUGGUCAAGUCGUGCAAUGAAGUCAAACUGAUGGUGGGGAAUUCUGGGAACUAUAUGGAAAGGACAACGCCACUCAUUGUGACACAAAUGACGAUGGAGCAAGCUGUGAGUUUGAUACUUAUGAAGGGCUAAGCGUUACUGUUAUGUACUUUAUUUAUAGCUUAAAACCCACCAAAUGGUAUGAAAAAUUGAUGUUACCAAAACCAAUUAGCAUGAGAAUCACACGAUCGUAUGUAGCCAAUAUUUGAAAACAAUAUUUACUUCAAAUAGUCUUUUGAAAGUUUUAUGUAAUAAAUAUAGGGUGAUAUGUAUCAUCAAACAAACUGACCCGCCCCGUUAGAUAAAAUUAAAGUCAGUGGACUAGAACAAAUAAAAGUUCUGAGUAUGCAAAAUCGAGCAUGUAUCUGUAUUUACAUAUAUUUAAGUACUCAGUUAGUCAUGACCAUAACAUUGGGUCAUAUGCAUAAAAAUAAGUAAAUGCUUUUACCCCAAAAUUUCCUUGGCAAAUUAUUUUUUUACGCCCGAAAUUUUGGAGUAAAAGCAUUUACUUAUUUUUAUGCAUGUGACCCAUUGACUGCCUGCUGACCUCAAUGACAUUCCCUUGUGAAUAAUGUUUGUCGGGCUGAAAUAAUGGUAUUACGAACAUCUUCUGAUGGGUUUUCUAAGGUCAUAAAAUUACUCUUUAAACUGGCAGCUAAGCACGAAACAGAAAAACAAGUAAAUUGUUCAUAGUUGGUAAUUCGUUUGUUUUAGUAUGGAAUCUUG